UAACCCAAUUUAUAGAAAAGGACUUGUUCUUGGUCUCGAAAGUGAUUUCUAUGCUGUGACUUAUUUUGAGCAAUUAGCAAAAGAGAAGAAUGAGGAAAUGCUUGGGGCUACUUUUGAUCAUGAUAGCCUUGUUCAUGAAAGAUCUUCCUGUAGUUGUUUCAUUAUCUCAUAACAUGCAAAAACUUGCGCUAUUUCAGAUCAAGCUUAGCUUGGCAACAAAUAGUACUGCUUCUGCAUUUUGUGAUAAAAAUUUACUUAUUCCCUCGUAUUCAAAGAUGAUGAACUGGAGCAUGAGUUCUGAUUGCUGCACGUGGGAUGGAGUUACUUGUAACGAGAGGACUGGGGAUGUGAUUGGACUGGACAUGCGUUGUAGCCAACUUGUCGGACCAAUUUUUCCAAACAGCAGCCUCUUCCAACUUUCUCAUCUCCAAUCCCUCAACCUCGAUUUCAAUGAUUUACAUGGAGUAUUACCUGAAGGUAUUUUCCACCUACCUAAUUUGAAAGAGUUAAGUUUAAGGUAUAACUUAAAUCUCACUGUAAGUUUACCGAAAACUAAAUGGGGAUGCAGUGGGAGUCUCCAGACACUUUUCAUUGAACAAACAUCCUUAUCUGGAGAAAUACCAGAUUCAAUAAGAUAUCUCAAGUCCUUGACCACUUUGGAACUCUUGGAUGGCAACUUCUCUGGAACAAUUUCAAGAUCCAUCGGGAACCUUACUCAGCUUACCUCAUUGUUCUUUGCUAACAAUUAUUUCAGUGGUGCGAUUCCUGAUUCAUUAGGUAAUCUACAAAACCUAACACAGCUAACUAUUAGUGGUAGCAAAUUGAUUGGUCAGAUUCCCUCUUUGGUUGCCAAUCUUAAGCAACUGGAAACAUUAUAUCUGUCAGAUAAUUUACUAACUGAUGAGUUCCCCUCUUGGGUUGCCAAUCUUAAGCAACUGAAAACUUUGUAUCUGUCAGAUAAUUUACUAACCGGACUACUGCCCUAAACGGGACGUUACCAUCUUGGUUGUUCCUCUCUCCAUCAUUUGCAAUCGUAUAUAUAGACAAUAAUGAGUUCACAGGUCAGCUAGAUGAGUUCCAUUCCUCUAGCUCUUCACUAACGGAUUUCUCUUGCAGAAACAAUUUACUAAAUGGAACCAUUCCUCAAUCAUUUUCUAGACUUGUUAACCUCACAAGUCUGGUCUUUUCCUCAAACAAUUUCAGUGGUAUCCUGAAUAUUGAAAGGUUUUCACCCCUUGAACACCUGGAAGAACUUGAUCUUUCUCAUAAUAGUUUGUCGGUGAUAACUACAAGUAUGACCACACUUCUUCCUAGAAUUACGACUCUGAGUCUAUCAUCUUGCAAGAUCAAGGAGUUCCCUGAAUUUGUCAGAAUUGAGAACCUCCAAUAUCUAGACCUAUCAAACAACCAAAUUGGCGGAGAAAUACCUCAUUGGAAUGGUUCGGAAGGGAUAUACUCAUUGUUCCAUCUGAACCUUUCUUACAACAGUCUUACAGGUGGUAUCUGGCAUCUUCCCUGGAAUGAACUCUUGUAUCUGGAUCUCCAGUAUAAUAUGCUCAAUGGAUCAUUGCCUGCCUCAAUUUGCAACCAGACCUCUCUUGACAUUCUCAAUUUGUCUCAUAACAAUUUUACUGGCGAACUUCCUGCUUGUACAAGAAGUUUAGACUACAGUCUUUCAGUGUUUGAUUUACGGAUGAAUAGUAUCAGGGGAAGUCUUCCAUCAACUUUAUCAAAUUUCCGCAAACUAAGAAGUUUGAAUUUGCAGGGCAAUACACUGGAAGGCACAAUCCCUCUUUCUUUUGCUGAAUUUGAAUACUUGGAAGUUCUUGAUCUUGGAAGCAAUCGUAUCAAUGAUACGUUUCCACAGUGUCUUGAAGCUCUUCCAAAUCUUCAAGUCCUUGUAUUGAAAUCAAAUAAAUUUCAUGGUUCCAUAGAAAACAAUGCUAAGAUAGACAGCCCCUUCCCUGCCUUGAGAAUUAUUGACCUUUCAUACAAUGAUUUUUCAGGUCUUCUGCCAGCAAAAUAUAUCAAAAACUUUAAUGCUAUGAUGCAUGUUGAUGCCAACAAUGCAACAUUGGAUUAUAUGGGAGAUCUAUUGUACAAAGAUUCUAUAUCUGCAGUAAUCAAAGGGGUGGAGUUUGAGAUUGUAAGAAUUUUAACAGUACUAACAACCAUUGAUUUCUCACGGAACAAAUUUGAGGGGGAGAUUCCUGAAUACAUUGGAAAUUUGGUGUCACUGAGGUAUCUUAAUCUAUCCAACAAUCAACUUGCAGGAGACAUACCAUCCUCGAUUGGAAAUUUGUCAAUGCUUGAAUCAUUAGAUCUCUCAUCCAACCAGCUUGUGGGGGAAAUUCCUGAACAACUCACUGGUGUUUAUUCUCUUUCGCGUCUAAACCUCUCUCAAAAUCAACUCACCGGACAUAUUCCAAAAGGAUUUCAGUUCAAUACAUUUGGAGAUGAUAGCUAUGCUGGAAACUUGGGGCUUUGUGGAAAUCCAUUAUCCAAAAAGUGCGAGAGAGAGAGACUGCUGAGACGCAACAAGCAGAAGAAAUUGGAGAAGACGAGGAUGAUUACUUUUUCAAUGGUUUUAGUUGGGAAGCUGUGGUGACAGGAUACGGUGGUGGAGUGGUGCUGGGAUUUGUUGUAGGACACAUGAUGUUCAUGGCAGGAAAAUCAAUAUGGUAUGCUGGAAUUAUUCGCAGAGAGCUUGGCCUUAAGCUCAGAAGGCUGGAGAUUAGAAGUAGAUGAAAAUAUGAAAUGAAUGGAGAUUUUCCGCUACGCUUGUUGUUAAUUCUCUUAGUUUUUGGUAAACUGCAAAUUUGUAAUCCUUUUGGUGGCAGCUUUUACAAUAUGGUAACUUCUAGUCUUCUAUACAAAAGGAAUAUAUGGAUGUCUGCAGAAUAGAAGAAUAUUUACUACCAGAAGAACUGAGCAGGGAGUUCCAGUGUCUAAAACUCUCAUAUGAGUGAACACGUAUGCUGGACAAUUAUACUUGCAGAUGAUUUUAGCAUCGCGAUGAUUUCAGCCGAGAACAUAUAUAUUGGUUGUAGUUUAUUGUUGAUUGAAGUAUACUAUUUAUCUCCAGAAAAGACAGUCACAUACUAGGACUCAGGCUUGAAUAUGAUUUCAGAAACGAGGUUCAAAACUUACAUGAUUAUAAAAAAGAUUUGCUAGACUUUCUGCUCUUAUGUCGCGGUAUCUCAAGUACUUAAAGGUAGACUAAGGAAGUAUGCCAUUCACAAAUUUAUGCCAAAACAUCAAGCAGAAUGUGUUUAGGAUCUUUUCUUCAAGGAAGUUCAAGUUAUGCAUGUGUCAUUAAUCUUCUUUAUAUCAUACUUAACACA